AUGCUCUACCUUCAAAUUCUGUAUUCUUUCACGAGCGAUGAUAUCACGACCACCAUUAUUCCGAUUACACUAUUUGCAGUGGUGGCUGGGCCACUCUGUGAUUUCCAACGUUGCUCUCACAUUGUUUUCUGGAUAUGGCUCCAUCUACUUCAUUUUAAUGUCGCCAAUCAGAUAAUCGACCCUCAGGAGGAUGGGAAGAACAAGUCUUCCCGACCUAUACCUGCAGGUCUAAUCAGCCUGGAAGGCGCCGUUGUACUACGAUGGGCUCUCAUUCCCAUAUGUCUUGUCAUAUCUGCAUGCUACAGCUCCCAAGUCUUUGGGUUAAGCUUCGUGUUGACGCUGUUCAUAAUAUUCUAUAAUGAGCUCAAAGCUCACGAGCACUGGAUCUCGAAGAACUUUAUAACGGCAGUGGGUUACGCUUGCUUCGAAAUAGGUUCCACCCUUAUUGCAGGCAAAGAUAUGUCGCGGUUAGAACCCACCGCAAUUUCGGCGAUUUUCCUGAGCCUUGCAGUGUUCACGAGCACAUUGCACGCUCAGGAUUUCAAAGACGUGGAGGGGGACCGCCUUAUUGGCAGACAAACGUUACCCAUAGCAUUCCCCAAUAUAGCGCGGACAUCUAUGUUGGUGGCCCUUCCUCUGUGGUCCAUCUUCCUGUCUUGUGUUUGGGGAAUGGACACACUCUCUACGCUUGCAUUCACAGGAUAUGCAGCGAUGGUGGGAGUCAGAUUCAUGACCUGCAAGACAUCGCAGUCAGCGCGAAUGUCUUGCAAAUUGUAUAGUUUAUGGUUUUCUGUCGCAAAUCUUCUCCCUGCCUAUUGGCGGUACUUCCACGAAGCACAGGCUUAUUCCUUUUGA